GAUCGUAUUCGAAUAUAUCAGUUGAUCAUAUAGUCGUGAUUCGAUCUUCUAAAUAAUCGAUUUCGUUUGGGUAUCCCUAAAUCAGAUUGAAAACUCGAAACACGUGAAUUUUUAUUAUGAAGGUAAACUUUUUACAAUUUGUCUAAAUCAUGACUGAUGAAAACGUGUUUGACAAGAAGAAAGCCCAUCGGGCGAAGAAAGCUGGACGAAAAGCGGAGAAGAAGAAAAAGAAGAACCCGCUAGAUACAUCUAACCUAAGUGCGCGGCAGCGAAAUCCAAAAGCGUUCGCCAUCCAGUCAGCUGUGAGGGCAGAGCGACAAUUUAGACGUCGAGAAGAUGUUAUUACUAAGAAACAGCACAUUCCUCAGGUGGACAAGACUCCUCUUGAGCCUCCUCCCAUUAUUGUGGCAGUGGUCGGUCCCCCGCGAGUCGGCAAAACUACCUUGAUAAACAAUCUCAUCAAAAGCUUUAUAAAAACCAAUGUUACUAGUACCAACGGACCGAUUACCAUAGUAACGUCUAAGAAACGUCGGCUCACAUUGAUAGAGUGCAACAAUGAUGUUAAUUCCAUGAUUGAUAUAGCAAAAUGUGCAGAUUUAGUUUUGUUACUAUGUGAUGCCAGUUUUGGUUUUGAAAUGGAGAUCUUCGAGUUUUUAAACAUAUGUCAAGUGCAUGGUAUGCCUAAAAUUAUGGGCGUUUUAACUCACCUUGAUAUGAUAAAGAAUGCUAAAACAUUAAAAAUGACUAAAAAGACAUUGAAACAUCGUUUUUGGACAGAAGUAUACCCAGGAGCCAAACUGUUUUAUCUCUCUGGCAUUAUCCAUGGAGAAUAUUUAAGAAAUGAGAUUAAAAACUUAGCUAGAUUUAUUUCAGUGAUGAAGUUUAGGCCACUUAGCUGGCGAUCAACUCAUGCAUAUAUUUUAGCUGACAGAAUGGAGGAUGUAACAAAUCAAGAAAUCAUUAGGAAGGAUCCUAAAGUCAACAGAGAUGUUAUUUUGUAUGGAUAUGUUAGAGGGGUGCCACUUAUGAAAGAAUCAAUGGUGCAUAUAGCAGGUGUUGGUGAUAUGAAGAUAAAUGAACUUUCUUACUUACCAGACCCAUGCCCUCUACCAAGUAGUGAAAAGAAACGUCAUUUAAUGGAGAGAGAGAGACAAAUAUAUGCACCUUUCUCAGGUGUGGGGGGUAUUGUAUAUGACAAAGAUGCGGUUUAUAUUGAAUUAAAGGGUUCUCAUUCGCAUAAUCAUGAAGAUGAUGAGACAAAUGAAAAGAAAGCCUUAUUGAAGAAUGUUGUUGAAACAACAGAAACUAUUGACGAACAAAUGCAAGAAUCUGGAUUUCAAUUAUUCAGUGGAGGAGCAGUUAUAUAUCCAGACAUGUUAAGGAAUGAUGAAUAUUUGCAACAGAAUAAAGAAAAACACGAUGAUAGCUCUGAAGAUUCUAGUUCUAAUAAUGAGGAAGAAACUGAUACUGAACAUGAUAGUGGUAUUGAUGAUCAGAAUGAGAAAAAAAGAGAAAAUAAAUUACCCUGGGAUAAUGAGUCUGAAAAUGUAGACAAUGAAGCAGACACUGAGGAAGAAUCUGAAUCAGAUAAUGAAGAAGAUUUUAGUCAAAAAUGGAAAGAAAAAAUGAGUGAAAAAGCAACAAAUGCCUAUUUAGAAAGACAGAAAACAUCUAAAAAUAUAAUGAAGCUUGUUUAUGGAGAAUUUGAAAUUGGGAAUAAGAAUAAAGAAAAGAAAGAUGACUCAGAUGAUGAUUCAGACCAUGAAGAUAUUGAUAGUUUUUCAAAAAACAUUACUGCAACUCAAAAGAAAAAACAUAAAGAAAAGGAGAGACUAGAUUUAGAUGAAUGUUCAUUCUUUUAUUCAUUAGAUAAACCAUCUCUCAGGGAUUGGACCAGUGAAGUUAACAAACAAUUUUUGAUAAAUUGUUUUGUCACUGGUAAGAGAUCUGCUGAUGAAGAUGCCUCGGAACUAUUGAAAUUAGAUGAUGCUAGUGAUGGAGAUGAUGAAGAAGUUUAUGGCGAUUUCGAAGAUUUAGAAACAGGAGAAAAACAUGUCGCUGAUGAAAAAUUAGAAGAUUCCACAAACUUAAAACCCGGAGACAAACAUAAAGCGGAACCUACCAAAUCUGAAAUACUCAAUAAAAAGCUGAAAUUGAAAGCAAAAUUUGAUGCAGAAUAUGACAAUCCUGAUGAGCAUAGAAUAAAAGGAGAUCACGCAUACUAUGAAAGUUUGAAGGCUGAAGCUUUAAAACAGUCUGAACUGAAUAAAUCAGUAUUUGAGAAUCUUGAUAAUGGAAUGAGAAUAGAAGUUGAGGGAUUCAGACCUGGCCUAUAUGUGAGAAUGAUGUUCAAAAAUAUGCCCUCAGAAUUUAUAACGAACUUUGAUUCUACAUACCCUAUAUUGAUUGGUGCUCUUAAUAUGGCAGAACAGAAUAUAGGUUUUGUCUCAUGCAAAGUAAAAAAACAUAGAUGGUAUAAGAAAAUUUUAAAAACCAAUGAUCCACUGAUUAUAUCACUUGGUUGGCGUCGUUUUCAAACAUUACCAAUUUACUCUAAAAUAGAGGAUGAUUUGAAGUGUAGAUAUUUAAAAUAUACACCAGAACAUGUCACAUGCAAUAUGCAUUUUUAUGGUCCAAUAACUCCACAGAACACUGGAUUCCUUGCUUUACAAACAGUAAACAAUGAUCCUAAUGAAAUCAAACAGUUAGGAUUUAGAAUAGCUGCUACAGGUAGUGUUAAUGAAAUCAACAAGUCUACACAGAUUGUAAAAAAAUUGAAAUUGGUUGGAACACCACUGAAAAUAUACAAGAAAACUGCUUUCAUUAAAGAUAUGUUCACCAGCACUCUAGAGGUAGCCAAAUUUGAAGGUGCCAGAAUAAAAACUGUUUCAGGUAUCAGAGGACAGAUCAAAAAGGCUCUGAACAAGCCUGAAGGCGCUUUCAGGGCCACAUUUGAAGAUAAGAUUUUAAUGAGUGAUAUUAUUUUUUGUAGAACAUGGUUCAAAGUCAAUGUUACCAAGUUCUAUGCCCCUGUUGUGAAUCUGCUCUUGCCUCCGGGAGUCAAAAAUGCUUGGCAGGGAAUGAAGACGAAAGGACAAUUGAAGAGAGAGCGUAAUAUAAAGAGUGAAGCCAACACUGAUUCUAUGUACACUGAAGUAACAAGGGGCCCAAAAGUAUUCAAACCUUUAGUAAUACCAAAGGAACUGCAGAAAGGACUGCCUUAUAGAUUCAAACCAAAGGAGAAAUCUACCACUGUCUCUGGGAAGCCUAAAAGUAAGUUGGACAGGGUAGCGGUUAUCAAAAAUCCAUAUGAGCAGAAGGUGUCUAAUGUUAUGAAGAUGUUGAAAACUAAUUUCGAUAAAAAGAACGAGGUACAGAAGUUGGCGACGGCGGAACGGCUGAAGGCUCACAAGAAACAACUAGAAGACGAAGAGUGGCGACGCAUAAAGAGACAGAAGGAAUUAAAAAAGAAGAUCUGUAGGCAUUUAAGUAAAAUGGGAAAUAAGAAAAAGACGCAGAUGUAA